AUGGAGAAGGGACGUUCUGACGUCACUAGGGGAGGAGCUACGUCACCAGGGGGAGGAUCUACGUCACCAGGGGGAGGAGCUACGUCCGAGCAGGGUACCUGAAAAGUACCCUCGCGGGGUCGCUUCGCUCGCCACCUGAUUACUAAAGGAAUACACAGUAGUGAAGAAGACGCCCAGCUAUCCCCACGUGUCAGGAGGACGUAGCAGGACCCAGAGCCCCAUCCCGGUGCCUCCACCUCACUCACUGAUACAUGAGAGAGACAAUUACCAGAAGAUCCUGGAACUCAUCAACAAGAUCAUUCAGCUGCUGACUGGAGAGGAGGGGGGAGUAUGUAGAGGAACACAGGGGUCUGUACAAGGACGUGAUGAUGGAGAAUCACCGGCCCCUCACAUCACUGGAUGGGCCUAGUAACAGAGAUACCCCAGAGAGAUGUCCCCGUCCUCUGUAUUCCCAGGAUUGUACAGAGGAGAAUCACAGGACCCCACAGGAGGAUCAGGUAGAACGUCUGUCUGAUAUUAAAACAGAAGAUAUAGAGGGAGAAGAAGAGACGUAUGUGACUGAAAUAAAGGCAGAAGAUAUAGAGGUAGAAGAAGAAGAGACGUAUGUGACUGAUAUAAAGGCAGAAGAUAUAGAGGGAGAAGAAGAGACGUAUGUGACGGAUAUAAAGGCAGAAGAUAUAGAGGGAGAAGAGACGUAUGUGACCGAUAUAAAGGCAGAAGAUAUAGAAGGAGAAGAAGAGACGUAUGUGACUGAUAUAAAGACAGAAGAUAUAGAGGGAGAAGAAGAUACGUAUGUUACUGAUAUAAAGGCAGAAGAUAUAGAGGGAGAAGAAGAGACAUAUGUGACUGAUAUAAAGGUAGAAGAUAUAGAGGGAGAAGAAGAGACGUAUGUGACUGAUAUAAAGGCAGAAGAUACAGAGGGAGAAGAAGAGACGUAUGUGACUGAUAUAAAGGCAGAAGAUACAGAGGGAGAAGAAGAGACGUAUGUGACUGAUAUAAAGGCAGAAGAUACAGAGGGAAAAGAAGAGACGUAUAUGACUGAUAUGAAGACAGAAGAUAUAGAGGGAGAAGAAGAGACGUAUGUGAGGGGUGAUCAGCAGUGUAAGGAGGAGGAGAUCCCUACAGAUAUCAGCACAGCAGAUCGACACACAAGCAGGAAUAUCUCAGAAGGACAUCUAAUGUUAUCCCCGGAUUGUGACAUAAAAGAUAAUGACCGUAGACAGUAUUCUUCAGGAGAUAACCCCAUUACCACAAUUAUACAUCCAGCUCUAUCAGCUGAUCCCCCUGAUCCUGGGAAAUGUUCUCCUGAUCACUCUGAUAUUAGAGCAUCUGUUACAGCUCUGAGAGUAGAUACAGUGUUUCCCUGUUCUAUAGAUACCAAAUGUUUUACACAGAACACAAACCUUAUUAAUCAUCAGCCAGCUCAUGCAGGUGAGAGGCCAUUUCUAUGUUCUGAGUGUGGGAAAUGUUUUACAUAUAAAUCAAAUCUUGUUAGACAUCAGAGAAGUCACACAGGUGAGAAGCCGUAUUCCUGUCCUGAGUGUAGGAAAUGUUUUGCAUACAAAUCACAUGUUGUUAUUCAUCAGCAUGCUCACACAGGUGAAUGGCCAUUUUUCUGUUCUGAGUGUGGGAAAUGUUUUACAUAUAAAUCAAAACUUGUUACACAUCAAAGAAGUCACACAGGUGAGAAGCCGUAUUCCUGUUCUGAGUGUAGGAAAUGUUUUGCACGGAAAUCAGAUCUUGUUACACAUCACAGAAGUCACACAGGUGAGAAACCGUAUUCCUGUUCUGAGUGUGGGAAAUGUUUUGCAUCUAAAUCAGAACUUGCUAAACAUCAGAGAAGUCACACAGGUGAAAAGCCGAAUUCCUGUUCUGAGUGUGGGAAAUGUUUUGCAUCAAAAUCAAAUCUUGUUAGACAUCAGAGAAGUCACACAGGUGAGAAGCGGUAUUCCUGUUCUGAGUGUGGGAAAUGUUUUACAUAUAAAUCAAAUCUUGUUAAACAUCAGAGAAGUCACACCGGUGAGAAGCCGUAUUCCUGUUCUGAGUGUGGGAAAUGUUUUGCACGGAAAUCAGAUCUUGUUAUACAUCAGAGAAGUCACACAGGUGAGAAGCCAUUUCCAUGUUCUGAGUGUGGGAAAUGUUUUGCUCAGAAACAAGCUCUUGUUAUACAUCGGAGUAGUCACACAGGUGAGAAGCCAUUUCCGUGUUCUGAGUGUAGGAAAUGUUUUUCAUUGAAAGCAAAUCUUGUUAGACAUCAGAGAAGUCACACAGGUGAGAAAGCCGUAUUCCUGUUCUGAGUUUGGGAAAUGUUUUGCAUAUAAAUCACAUUUUGUUAGUCAUCAGAGAAGUCACACAGGUAAGAAGCCAUAUUCCUGUUCUGAGUGUAGGAAAUGUUUUACAAGGAAAUCAGCUCUUGUUAGUCAUCAGAGAAGUCACACAGGUGAGAAGCCAUAUUCCUGUUCUGAGUGUGGGAAAUGUUUUGCACGGAAAUCCGUUCUUGUUAAACAUCAGCGAUUUCACAGGUGAGAAGCCAUUUUCAUGCUGUGAGAGAAAUAAAUCCGCUCUUGUUGAACAUAUUAGACAUUACCCAAGUACGGAACCAUUUAAAUCUUCUGGAGUAUAAUUUUCACUGUCAUGCAAUGUUCCUCAAGGGUCAAUCCUAUCCCCUAUGCUUUAUGCAAUAUACAGUCAGGUCAAUAAAUAUUGAGACAUUGACACAAUUCUCAUAUUUUGGGCUCUAUACACCACCACAAUAGAUUUGAAAAGAAACA